GAUCAUCUUGGCGUGUCGGUGAAUUUUAAACGCACAUUAAACUCGUGCUAUAGUAUUGGUGAUACUAGUCGGCUUAAUACGUCUAGGUUUUUUGUUUUCUUGCUCUUCGUCGAGAUUAUAUACGAUUUUGGAAGAGAUUCGGUCUUGUUCACUAUCUUUCUCACUCCCACCCGGUGCCUAGAAUAUUCCGGCAAGUAAGAAUUGGUUUGUUGUUUUUUCUCUGUGUGUUCAGUAGUUUGUUGUUUCAUUCUUUAUUUGUGCGUUAACACUCGCACACAUUCAUAGACGUGCGUUUUGUUUACGCGAUUGAUUCGAGCAGCCGAACAGACAAAGAAAAACAGUGUAAGUGAUUUGAUGCUCAUUAUCGACAAAAAGAACAACAUCAAAACAACAUCUCUCAGACUCAACAACGACAUCAAUUUUGUGUCAUCAUCCAGUGUGUACGCAUCAUUUAUACAACGAGCAGCCCGUGUAAUUUAAAUCUCCGUUUCUCAUUGUCGACGUCGAAAAGAGGAAACAUUCAGAGCUCCUAUCAAAAUGCAAAUGUUUGGAAUGAAACAUGCACUCCUGCUGAGCAUCUUCUUCGUUUCUUCGCUUUGCAAUGAUCGACCCAAAAUCAUAACGAAUAUCACACCACAGGUGGUGCGAGAGACGGGUGAAAAUGCGACUCUAGCAUGCUAUGUAGAUAAUCCAGAAGACUAUGUUGUUUCAUGGGUGAAAGUCAAUCGCGAUAAUCCAUCGGAUCAAACUGUUUUAUCUUUUGGCACCAAAUUAUCGGUUAAAAAUCCACGUUUUUUGGUCACGGCCACAUCCGACAGUCUCGUUCUGAACAUUAAAGACAUUGAAUUCACCGAUGCGGCCGUCUAUCAAUGCCAAGUAUUUGUAUCGGACACCUACAAAGACACGGCUCCCGUUGAACUUUUGAUCAAACAUCCACCCAAGAUUAUCAAAGACAUCGAAGUCAAUCCAACUCCGGCUGUAUUGAACAGUACCGUUGAAUUGGUAUGUACGGCCGAAGGUUAUCCAAAGCCAAACAUCUCAUGGAAACGUGCCGGUGACGCACUCAUUCCGGCUGGUGGUAAUAUCUACAAUGGAACGGUGCUGAAAAUUAACGAUGUAUCACAUCAAGAUCGUGGCAUUUACUAUUGUAUCGCUGAUAAUGGUAUCGGACAACCCGAUCAACGUAUCGUCAAUUUUGAAGUGGAAUUUCCACCAAAAAUUACCGCACCACGACCACGAGUUGCCCAAGCCCUUGACUACGACAUUGAACUUGAAUGCAAGAUCGAAGGCUUUCCAGCACCGCAAGUUUCAUGGUACAAAGAUGGCUCACAAAUUCUCAACGAAGGCGAUUACAGCAUCACCAAUACGGCCACCAUCAACGAUGUGACCAACUCGGUUCUGCGUGUCAUCACGGUUGAGAGCAGCCAAUAUGGCGACUACGUUUGCAAGGCAUCCAACAAACUUGGUUCGUCCGAAGCAAAAAUCAACUUAUUCGAUUCGGUAGUCGCUGUUUAUCCAUGGCAAGCAUUCGCCCGAAAUUAGAAUUAGAUUUUAUUUUCUUCAUUUUCGAUUUAAUUGACAAGAUCAUCCAAUACCAAACAUCCAUUUCUCCGGUUUGCAAAUGUGGAAUGCAUCGCCAAAGUCAUUCAUUCAUAUGCGAUUUAUGAUGAAUUAUAUUGCGGUGAUGAUGCUCAUUGCAAUUCUACUAUAAAAUUUCCAUUAGUUUGUUUGUUGAUUUUCAUUUUUUUUUCGGCCGUAUUUGAGUUACCAACCGUGCAGCACAUUUUCAAUAAGCAGAUGCGCGAGGAAAAAAAAAAUAAGAAUGAUAUUUUUCUAACGAAAUGUACAAAUCUGCGAGAGAAAAUAGAAGAACAGAAGAAAAAUCAUACACGAAGAACAAGACGGCAAAAGUUUCAUUUACAAUAAAUCGAGUAAUUCCAGACAAUGUAAUGUAAUCAGUUUCGUGCACAAUAAUAACAACAACAACAAACAAACCGAAAAAAAGAUGAUAAGAAAUAAGAAAAGAGAAAUCAAUAACUCAAAUAAUUUUUGAUCAAUAUACAAUAUACAACAAAAGGGGAUAAGAAGAAGAAUUAAUUUUUUUUGUAGUGUAUUGGAUUCGAUAUAUAUAUAUAUAUAUAUACAUAUAUUUCAUGACCAAAAACGACUGAUCUGCUAUUUUAGUUGAAUAAGAGGCUAAUAGAUUUAAUGAUAAUCAAUUUGUCGGUUUCUAUACUUAAAACACAUUCAGACAGAUAGACAGACACACUCAAGAACAAUAUCACCUAUCAAAUGAUAAUUUACUGCUCAAAUAUAAUUGAAUUGAAGAGAUCGUACGAAAAAAAAAACGAAUAACAACAUUGCCGAUUUGGACAGUGAACGAUUGACAGUGAACAGCAAUGGAGUACAUAUUCAAAACAUAAAGAGCCCAAACUAUAAUAACAAAAAUACUUAAUGAUAACAACACAGAGAUAAGAUUAAUCAUAAGCUUUGGUUUAUCCAUGUAAGAUCUAUGACACACAAUUUUUUUUUUGUCUACCGAAAGAACAAUAAAUGAAAAAUCACACA